AUGACAGUAGUUGCGUAUGCUGAGAAGUUCGAAGAUAUGACUGCUUAUUCUAGACAGGCCGAGUAUGCACCGGAUGAGAAGUGGGAGAUUGAUCAAUUCCUUUUUGGUCUAAGAGGUGAAAUUUCUCGUAGUGUUUCUCAAAGGGAAUUCACUACUUAUGAUGAAUUGAUAAGGAAAUGUUAUGUGGUUGAGAAAAGUUUGAAGAAAUGUAUUAAGCAUCUUGACCUGCAAGUAAUUCCUUUGUCUCCUCCUAUGGUGGUCACUACUGCCAUGGAUGAUGUGGUUGAGAUAUCGUUGAUUUGUGAAAAUUGUUCGCUCUCGGUGAAUGGUAGAAUUUUACAUAUUGAUCUUAUUUGUUUACCACUUAAGAGGGUUGAUGUGGUUUUGGGGAUGGAUUGGAUUUCCGCCUAUUCGGUGUUUAUUGGAUGUGAAGAGAAGUUGAUUAUUAUUCCAUCUAGUGAAACUACUCCAAAGGAUGUAUUAACUACUAUCUUAGAAGGUACGAUUGGCAUGGUUAUUUUCUUAUUUAAGAAGGAAAAGUCAGUUCUCUUAGUUCUCACCAAGGAACCUAGCGACAAUCUGAAGGUUACACAAAUCCCUAUCAUUUUUGAAUUUCCAGAAGUUUUCCCUGAGGAUGUCACUUCUCUUCCUCCUGAAAGGGAAGUGGAAUUCUCUAUUGAUUUGAUACCUGGGACGGCUCCAAUCUCCAUUUCUCCGUAUCGUAUGGCGCCACUCGAGUUGAGAGAGUUGAAGGAUCAAUUGGAAGAGUUGUUAACCAAGCAUUUCAUCUGA